AUGGCAUCAAAGACGAGAUACGUCCAUCGCGAGAUCCCCAAAAUUUCUCUUCACGAUUUUGAGCAUCGCAUCUGUGAGAUAUCCGAACAGAUCUGUAAUGCAGCCGAAACGGUUGGCUUCUUCGCCGUGAAAGACCAUGGCCUCUCCGAAGAAGAUGUGCAAUCCAUGUUCUCCGUCUCGGAAUCAUUCUUCAACUUGCCCGACUCUACCAAAGCAACCGUGCCAUGGAGCCCUCAAAAUGUCGGGUGGGAGUCGAUGUCACAGGUGCGGCCAUCAACAGGCGCUGCCGACACCAAAGAGUCGUACCAGCUGCAAUUCCGUAAGAAUCUGGAGAACGUUUGGGUCGCCGAGAACGAAUUACCAGGCUUCAAGACAAAGACACUGGAGUUCAUGCAUCGCGUGCAAGACAUUUCGGAACAACUCAUGCUGUGCCUAGCUCGUGGUUUAGGCUUUGAAGACGACUAUUUCAUCAAGUACCACGACAUAAGCCGGCCAGACUCGCAGUCUACACUGCGACUUCUGCAUUAUUACGAAACUCCAAAUAUCAAUGAUGGUCUAAUUCGACACCGCGCAGGCGCGCAUACAGAUUGGGGCUUUCUCACCCUCCUCUUCCAACGCCCCGGACAGUCCGGCCUGGAGAUCUGCCCAGGCCGCGAAGCCGUCACCGAACACGGAUUGGACGAAGCAUGGACCAAAGUCGAGUUCGAGCCUGGAUUAAUAGUUUGCAACAUUGGUGACCUACUGAUGAGCUGGAGCGACGAUCGUUUUAAGAGCACACUUCACCGUGUGAAAGCGCCGUGUGAAGAGGGCGAUUUCUUCGGAGAGCGAUACAGCAUUGCUUUUUUCAACCAGCCUGUCAAGGAUGCGAUUAUACAGGGCCCGCUGAAGAAGUACCCGGCUGUCACGGGUGAGGAGUUUACGCGGAAGGCAAUGGAGAAGUUUUAUGGGGCGUUGAGGGAUAAGUUAGCAGCGAAAGAGCGGGAGGAGAAGACUGCGCCAGUGGAUGCAGCACAGAGUCGCAUCGCAGCCAAUGCAUAAUUCUUUUGGCUAAUAUGGAGGCAAUUGAAUAAAGCUUACGUCUUCGUUAGAUCGACCGGCGGCCGAGCAUGGCUCUUUUACACACUUAUCAGUCGCGUACGCUUAUGCUGCGAAUGCGAAUCAC